UGACAAAAGUCAGAGACAAGACGUGUGAAAUGUGCCUACAAAGUAAGGAGACUAGUGACUUUACCUUUUAUUGAUUAACGAGCAAUUAGGAGUCGGUAUCACCUUCUUGAAAACAAUUUACUCUUGAAGUCGAUGGCCGUAACCUAACCUAACCUUACCUAAUCGAUGUGGUCAGUAUCGGAACUAGUUGAGGAAGUAUGAAAAUUAUAGAAAUAAGAACGAGUUUCGAGAUUAAAGAAAUAUCCAGAAUAUCCUGUUCGAUUAAAUAUUCGCGGUGACGGAGAGAAUUGUGAUGGGGAAACUUGAAGUUGACCUUGCUUUACGCCUUCCUCACACAUGGACGUAUAAUACAAAUACGAAUAUGUAUAUAGGGAAUGAGCGGUCCAUGUAAGUCCAUAACCCCACGUCGGUUGACUGAUCGCAACGCAGUCUUCACACGUCUUGACCCGUGCCCAAUUUCUUCGAUCGGUACGUGCGCGAAAUUCAAUUUUCAUCGAUGAUGACUUCGGUACUCCAACGUAGGGGAGAGUUACGCUAUCAUUGAGUUCUUUACACCUCGACACGUCGAAUAGCACCGAAGUCAUUAAUCGUCCGUCUGACGCGCCGCGGUCUGUGCGACACUAUGUGGGACUCCAUAAUCGAGUACCACCGAAGUGUGUCUUGCAAGCCAUUAAUUUCUCCGUUUGCAGAGCACACGUGUGGGCAUUUACGUUAUGAUCUACUUCUGAUAUACGCCUCUGAUCCCUGAAAGGCGUUCGUCGUUACACUUUUCGCCGCGUCUCGUGCUCGAUGUUUGAUUAGUGAGUACAUCGAUAUUGUCGACGGAUAGAUAACGUCGAGCGAGAUAGAUAGAUCAGUCCAAUUCUUAUCUAAGGGCGAUUGGCAUGCUCGUCAAACGGUGCCGAUCGCACAGUGGUACCACGUCGCGACAGGUAAGGAUGAAGAUCCUGCAGCCGACCAGCUCUAAGUGCUACCUGGUGAUCAGUGUCCUGGCGAUCAUCAUUUUAACAUUUUGCCUGUACAACUGGACGGUUGUUGAUAAAUCCGAGUACGAGGGCAGCUUGCAGGAGUACGAGGGCCAGGAAACAAGCCCAACGGAGAGGACGACCAACUCGUCCUGGCGAAGAGUGGUCCCACCCAAGAAGAUCCUCUUCUGGACCAAGAUGUUCAGCAGCAGGAAUUUCUACAUGGGAGAGGGGGACCUUUUCAAGGGAUGCCCAGUCUCGGCCUGCUGGGGCACCGACGAUAAGAACCACCAACCUGUGGAGGACUUUGAUGCACUCUUGUUCCAUGGUCCAGAUAUGACCUCGGUGCCGAUCCCCAAGACCAGGUCUCCCAAACAGGUGUACAUCUUCCUGGACAUGGAGACCCCGUUGUCGCAGAAAAUUCGGAAAAUCAAGGUCUUCGAGGACCUCUUUAACUGGACCGUUACUUACAGGAGGGAUUCGGACCUGAUGAGGCCUUAUGGGAUCUUCAGGAUGGUGUCAGGCAACCACGUGAUGCCGCCCCAUAUCCCGGCUCAAUGGCAGGACGUCUCCAAGGAUAAGGUCCCGGAGGAUGCGAAAAUCGCCUUCUCGGGGAAAACUAAACUCGCUGCCUGGUUCGUUUCGAAUUGUGCGACCUCGAGCAAGAGGGAGGACCUCGCGAAGGAGCUGAAGAACUUCAUGGACGUUGAUAUCUAUGGACGGUGCGGUACCUUAGAGUGCUCCAGGGACAAUUCAUCUGCAUGCCAGAGGAUGCUCGACAAGGACUAUUUCUUCUACUUCGCUUUUGAGAACUCCUUGUGUCCAGACUAUGUCACGGAGAAGGUCUUCAACGCGAUGCAGGUCAACGUGGUGCCUGUUGUCUACGGGGGUGCGGAUUAUCCCAGCAUCCUGCCUCCUGGGUCCUUCGUGGACGUCCAGGACUUCCAGUCCCCAAAAGAGCUGGCCGAGUUCCUCAAAGCUCUCGCCAAGGACUCCAAGAGGUAUCUUGACUAUUUCCGAUGGAAGGCUCGAUACAAGGUCGACCUCAACGCCAUGAACUUCAACUGUGAACUCUGCAAGGCUCUUCAUGAGAAUCGAAAACCGCAAGUGGUGCGCAAUCUCCAUCGGUGGUGGAACGACAACUCGGGGUGCAAAUCGGGCCCCUUGCUGUGAACAUUCUUCAACUCUUCAUGUACUUAACUUUACGUUGACGAGUCGAUUUGAUCGUUCGAUAAUCCUGCGGAAGACGUCUCUAAGAUUACCGAUCAUGUUCCAUGAGAUACGAUGAAGUGAGAUAUCUUACAGAGUGGACGAGUGGAUGAAUGACAGGAUGACUGGUGUUAUGCCACCUUGUAAAUUAAAUCAGGAAUAAUUUCCAAGGAUUUCUCCAAGUUUCCCCGAUAUCCAGGGUGGGGAUCCUGAAGAGGCCCUCUUUGACAAUUAUUCCACGGUUUGUGCUCCAGUCGAGUACCCUGAAUAAGUAUUAUGUAUGCAGUAUUUUCCAGUAUAAGUGGAUGACGAACAUGUGGAGCCGUUUGUUUGUUGCAUAAGUCGGGAACGAUUUGUUAAAUAAAUUCGAGAUGAUUGCCAAGGA